AUGAUACGACGCGCCCAGGUCCGUGAAGCGCAGCAGGCAUACCGAUUUCGCCAACAGUCCCAGCUCUCUUCACUAAAAGCUCGCGUAGAGCAGCUGGAAGAUGUACUUAAUCAGCUGAGUCAGACGGUACAUGCAUUCGAUAAUCAACUCAUCCAGCAUGGAUCGCAAUGGUCUCAGCCCCAACUUCUCCAGACAGUCCAGUUGCUGCGGGAUGAUAUAAUGUCCCAUUUCAAGCGUGCCGAUAUUCACUUUCAAGAGUCCACAGAGGACCAACCCUCAGAAUUAUCCCAGGCUGUUAAUGAGCAACCCCACGCGCUGGUCGCGUCCGAGGUGUCAGCCGGCAGAUUAAAAGAUCACACUUCGGGGUCUGACUUCUGGAAAUUAUUUUUGGGCUCGUCUGCUGGCAUGAUUCCGUCGACUAAUACCCAGAACCUGGAUAACCAAUCGAAUGACUUGGUUUCAAUUCCUGUCGCACCAUCUAUUGCCGAAACACAUACCAUUCAAUAUGCAACCACGCCCUUCACCCAACGGCUUUUCCGCGCUUGCGCUGAAAGUGGCCAUCGAUUUCUGUCGAAUCUCUCAUAUAAAGAUGAAGAUAUGUGGGAGUUCGGACUACUGCUACAAAGAAUGCCACGAGCAGAGAUCCAACGUUAUUUCGGACGUGUCAUAGACAUGGAACCGUGCAAUCCUAUCGUCGAUGGCCGAUUCCCAUAUGUCAGCCUCGGUGGUGCAGGAACCCACUUUUUACAACCUUCCAGUGACUCCUUUUCAGAUAGCUUCGCCCUCUUCCGAACAGCAAAUGGCGUGUCUCAUGUUCCUGCCGAUGAAGACUGGUUUGAUGUGCAUGAUGUUGAGAGAUACCUGCUCAACAAAGGCAUUAUUGCAGGCGAAUUUCCUUCCGCCCUUACGAUAUCGUAUCCGUUUAGUCCAGAUGCCAGGCCUUCGAACCUAGAAAUCCCUCAAGGCGAAUUACCUGGCGGUGUGAUGAUGGUCAUCGACGAGUAUAAAUUGAUCAACAGAUUGAGCCAGCUUCCAGUCGCUCUGGGCUGUGUGGCUGGCUUUCGCCGGUCUGAUGUCGAGAGGGUAGUAUCCCACAAUGUGAGGUGGAUCUCAGUUGGAUUUACUGGCUCGACAGGGUAG